AUGUCCUUCAUUCUGUAUCUCAGUUCCAUGUCCUGGAUUGAACUAUCAGCCGGUGGCCUUUCUAUCGUUCUACUGCUCUUUUGCCUAUACAAUCUCGCUCUUCCCAAGCCUAUUCCCGGAAUACCAUACAACAGAAAUGCCACAAAACGACUCCUUGGAGACCUUCCGGACUUGAUAGAGUAUCAGAAGAAAAAUGGGCAGCAACGCAAAUGGUUCCGGCUGCAAAACCAGAAGCUCAACUCGGCAAUCUCCCAAGUCUUCGUCCGCCCCUUCGGAAAGCCGAGAAUCGUUCUGACGGACUUUCGAGAAAUGCACGAUAUCCUUGGGAAACGAUUUAAGGAAUUUGACCGCAGUGAUAGAGGCCGGGAGGCAUUUGCCGGGAUCAUCCCCCAUCAGAUGCUUUCGAUGCAAACAGUGGAUCCCAGGUUCAAGAAGCACAGAGAGUUGAUGAAGGAUCUCAUGACACCAAAGUUUCUGCACCAGAACUCAGCUCCCGAGAUAUACCGUAAAGUCAACACUUUGGUCAAACUCUGGCAUGAGAAGUGCGUGCAUGCCAACGAGCUUCCGUUUGAUGGAAAGAGAGAUAUUCAGAGAGCUACCCUCGAUGUCAUUACAGCUACUUCCUUUGGUCUCGACGACGAGAACAGCGCUACGAAACGGCAGCUGGAUGACAUGUUGGCGCGAUCUAAUGCAGGUGUCAAAUUCACGCAGCCCGGCAAGAAGGUUGUGGAUUUUCCAAUCCAUCCCUUGACAAAAGAGUUAGAUGCAACUUUGACUAUUGUUGAGAGCUCCGCUGUUGGUUUCUCGUCGCCGAUGCCCCGAUGGCACUAUUGGAUCCUGAGUCAAUUCCCGUACCUGAAGAAUGCCGCUAGAAUCAGGGAGGAGUGGACGCGACGGGAGAUUGACAAGGCGGUCGCGGCAAUUCCCAAAGAUGGCUCAGAGAAUACGUUGGCAAUGCGUUCGGCACUCGAGUUCAUGGUACUUCGCGAAGCUGCCGCUGCUCAAAAGGCUGGCAGACCGCCGAGGUUCCAUCGUCGGCGAAUCUAUGACGAACUGUUUGGAUUUAUUAUUGCUGGGCACGAUACAACAGCUGCUACUCUCGAGUGGGGUGUCAGGUACAUUGCGGAUGCUCCGCAUGCACAAGCAGAGCUCCGAUCAGCUCUUCAGAAUGCCUUCUCGACCGCUCUUGCGGAGCACCGCCAGCCAACGAUAGACGAAAUAACCAGCACGUCUAUUCCGUAUCUCGAUGCUGUCAUCGAGGAAACACUGCGCCACAGCGUGGUGCUCCCAAUCGUAAGUCGAGUAGCAAUGAAAGACACCACGAUUCUCGGACACGCCAUUCCAAAGGGCACCUUUGUCUUCUUUAUCCUAAACGGACCCAGCCUGAUGAAGCCGGCAAUCGAGGUGCCCGAGACCGCUCGGAGUGAGGCCUCGCAGGGCACCAAGAAUCGAUACGGAGAGUGGCGAGCAGACGAUGUCGAGAAAUUCUUACCCGAGCGAUGGAUAGAUGUUGACGACAAGGGUGUUGAGACUUUCAACGCCUUGAAGGGGCCGUUCAUGACGUUUGGCAGUGGACCGCGGGGCUGCUAUGGAAGGAGACUUGCUUACCUGCAGCUUCGGAUCUUCUGGGUAUUGCUUAUAUGGAACUUUGAGUUUCUCCCCAUUGACCCGGAACUCAGGACCCAGGAUGUUGUAGAGCAUGUUGGGGUAGAGCCGUGCCAGAGUUAUGUACGACUGAGAAAGGUAGCUUUGUAA